ACCCUUGACGUGUGAAGUGUGUGUGAAAUGUGUCUGUGGGGGGAAGAAGGCGUGAUCUUCCGCAUUGGUACCUGCAGGCUGCAGGCUGUCAGUGUGUCAGUGUGAUGUCUGUGGGAGAACAGAAAACACUAAAGACACUUGACUACUUUACAUGUUGAAAUUUAGACAUAUAACGGAGAGAAAAAGAGGAAAUGAGUCUUUCCGUGGUCGCCUCUUCUGCUUUAGAGACUUUAAUAGAGUAGGAGGAGAACGCAGUCAGGUGAGAUGAAGGACCGACUGACUGAGCUGCAGACCAUCAAGCCUGCAGGGAAUGAGCCCGGGCCUGAGGAGAACCUCACCACAGAGGAUGAGGAUCUGGAGCAGCACGCCAUCGUGUUUGAGGGCGAGGACGUGUUGGGCGGUCUCUACAAAGAGGCCCAGUCCAUGAGGAAGGAGAUGCUGCUGCUCAAACUGGACGUGAAGCGCCUCGGGAAGCAGAACACCAGGUUCCUCACGUCCGUCCGGAGGUUCAGCAGCAUCAAACGGGACUCCAACGCUCUCGGGCGGGACAUCAAGGCCAGAGGGGAGGCCGUUUACGCUCGGCUGCAGAAGCUGGGGAAGCUGAGCAAAGAUAUGGAUGAGGAGCACGGGCCGACAUCGGCUGUGGCUCGCAUGGUGCGUUCACAGUUUAUCUCUCUAACCAACGGCUUCCACGAAGCCAUGUCUGAGUUCAACGAGGCCGAGAUGGUCCAGAGGGAGAACUGCAAGACCCGCAUCCAGAGGCAAGCGGAGAUCAUGGGCAAGGAGGUGAGCAGGGAGCAGAUUGACGAGAUGAUCGAGACGGGCAAGUGGAACGUCUUCUCGGAUAAUCUCCUCCUGGAGGGGAGAACUGCCAGAUCCGCUCUCAACGAGAUCGAGAACCGGCACAAGGAGCUUCUGGAGCUGGAGGGCCGCAUCAAGGACAUCCACGAGCUGUUCUUCCAGAUGGCCCAGCUGGUGGAGGAGCAGGGCUGCAUGCUGGACAACAUCGAAGCAAAUUUAGAUGCGACUCAGGACUAUGUCGCCAAAGCUCAAAUUCACAUCAAGAAGGCUGUGAAGUACAAGAAAAGCAACCCAUGCAAGAGACUGUUCUGUUGUUGUUUCCCCUGCUGCAGAUGAGACGUCAUCAGUGUCCUCAAUGUCAUGAGAAUAUCGAGAUUAGAUUCAAAUCGGCUUUCAGAGCUGCGGGUAAUAUAUUGCUUUGGUUUUAUGUAUUUAUUCCUCUCAAAUUAAGCACUGACUUCAUUCUUAAGCAGCAGUAGUGUCCUAAUUUCAUGCUCUUAUGUAGUUUGAGGUGGCCUGAGAAGAGGCCUUCAAACCACACACACAUAUGCAAAUGUAUACAGUGAGAUAUGGGUGUUAACAUUUCCUGGUUGUUACUAUUAACAGCCCGUGCAAGAUUACUGUGCAAUAAUUCAGUUCAUUACUCUCAGCUUCGUCCUUCGACUUUCAGGUUUAAACUUUGUAAUGAUAUAUGAGAUUUUAAAGCUGGGGUAGGCUUCUUUCUUUGCAUUACUGGGCAGAAAUUCAAUAAUAACCUUUAAGCAUAUAAUAAUCUUCAAAAACUAGACUUCUACACGUUAAACGCUUUAAAAUAAAACUAGCUUGUGAUGGGAGGCUUUGACCAAUCACAGGUCAUUUCAGAGAGAGGGGACUUUCCUAUUGGCUGUUCUACAAAAGCAGAUGUGCGUGCACAUUUCUUCAGAUGGUGAAAGACUGAUUCAACAGUGGAAAAUCCAGCAGAAAAAUUUCUGUUCCACUAUUGAGAACAACAGUCUACAAUGCAAAACGGAACAGGUUUGUACA